CUUACCCCUUAGAUUAGGAAGGGAGGAGCUCCUGCUUGGGAUAGGGUGGGUUUUGGGGAAAGCCCAGUGUGGGCACACCAUUGCUGUGGCACCGGGAAAGGAGCCAUGGGUGGGGAUGGAGCAGCAGCUCGAGAUCCUGCCGUGCCCUCAGCACCAGGGAUGGGACGUUCCCAGAGGGGUCUGCAGCUCCCCCAGCUCCGGGGCAGCCCAGGCCGUUCCAUGGGAUUGCACACCCAGGACGUGUAUGGGGUGCGGGGGAUGACCUGGGCCCUGUCCUGCGGUUUGGGGAGAGCGGGGCGGGCUGAGGGGGCAGGGAUGAGCCGGCGGCCCCCCGGCAGGUCCCCGAGGCUGGGGGCGGCGGUGGCAUCCCUGCAAUGCGCUUGGCAUCGGCUGCCCCGGCUGGCGCUCGCUGAGUCCAUGUGAUCCGGGGCUUGCUCUGUGCCGCCGCCGGCUCCAGCCGCCGGGACGGCGAGGGAGCCAGAAGGUCGAGCCAGCGGCCCCGGCAGAGCGGCCCCGGCCCCGAGCAGGGCUCCCCGGCACCGGCUGAACCCCCCGGGCUCCCCCCUGCCACGAUGCCCCGCGGGAAGAGGGACCCCGUGCUGCUGUCCCCCGCCGAGCCGCCCGGCCGCGGUGGCGAGGGUCCCCGCGCGGGUGGGGACGGCCGGCGGUCGGCGGAGGAGGAGGAGGAGGAGGACGGACACCUCCCGGGGCUCCCCCGCGACGACCCCACCAAGAGCAUGUCGAGCUCCUCCGUGUCCUCCUACCACUCCGCCCUGUGCUCGGACGGCACGGAGACCUUCAAGGACUGCCUGGAGUUCCUGGACGAGGAGGGAUCGCCCGGCCGGGCUGCCCCGGGGCUCUGGGCUCCGGCGGGGGCCCCCGGCGUCCCCCCGCCGCCCGGCCCCCUCGCCCGCCCGCAGCGGGCUCAGCUGUCCAGCGCGGCUAAGAAUAGCCCAGCGCCGGGCCAGGGGGGCAGGAUGGGUCCCCUCGGUGGGGACCGGCAGCCUGUGCCGGCCGCGGCCGCCGGCGGGGAGCCGGCCGUGCCCCGGCAGCCCGGGGCGAUGCUCGGCGGGGUUCCCAGCGACUCGGACGAGGUGGACGGCGAGGUGCAGGCGCUGACGGCCAGGGCUUUCCGCAGCCUCUCGGGGCUCCCCGGAGCUCGCCUCGACAUGUGCAGCUCCCACACCUCCUCCAGCCUCUCCAACUCGCUGUCGGAGGACGGCGGGCGGCCGCGGCGGUGGCCGGCGGGCGCCGGGGAGCCCCGGGGCGCGGCGACAGCUCUGCAUGGCAGGGUGGGCUGGCCCUUCCCCGCCGGCGUGGACGGGGAGCUGCUGGGCAAGGAACAGUUCGAGUGCGUGGACGUGGAGCUGGAGAGCGGGGAGGCCAGGAAGGGCCACGGCAAGAAGAGGACGGUGCCCAAGCGCCAGAUCCUGCUGAAGAGGAAGGAGAGGAAGGAGACGGGUUUUGGUCCCCGGGGAGACGGCCCAGCACCCCAGCCCCCGGCCAGGAAGGAGCCCCCCAGCAAGGGCAGAGCCAUCGGCGAGGACUUCAGGCUCAACUACCAGCAGUUCAUGAAGGCGGCCUCCCUGGACGCCGGCACCGACAGGACCCGGGCGGCCUCGUGCCUGGUGAAAAACGUCCUGGCCAAGAAGAUGCAGUACGAGCAGCGGAUCAAGAUGGAGCAGAAGGGGCUGCGGGGCAGCUCGACCUCCUCGGGGCCGUCCUCCGCCGGCACCGACCUGCUGGGGGAUGGUCUGGAGGGCAAGUCCAGCUCGCUGUCCCGCUCGGACUGCAGCUUCUCGGCCGAGGACCUGCGGGGCAGCGGGAUGCCGGUGGCCACGGCGGCCGCGGGGAGCGCCACCACCAGCCAUCCCACCAAGGGCGUGGUGCUGAGCGAGGCGACGAGGGAGACUGUCUGCAACCUGAGGAAGACGUUCAACGAGCUCAACCAGAGGAUGAAGUACCAGGAGGUGCUGGGGGGCCGCUGGCUGCCCGCGACCGCUGAGGAGCACACGUCGGAGAGUAUCUGCUACCAGCGAGCCCGCGCCUUGUUCGAAGCCCAGCCUGGGGUGGGGAAGGUGCUGGAUGUCGCUCCCCGGUUUGCGAGGGCGCCGAGGCCGUGGCCCAGCUUGAAGGAGCGAGCCAUCGGCCCCAUCCACUCCCAAACCCUCCCCUUCAAGGUCGAGAGCCGGGUGCUCCCCGCCGCCCCGCCGCACCGCCGCUUCGCCUCCUCCCGAGCGCAGGAGGUGAGGACGCUGCCGCAGAGCCAGCCAGAGAAGCCACCAGCAGUGCCCCGCCGGCCGCCCAGCCCCGGCACCCCGGCACCCCGGGGGUCUCCGCCAGCCGCGCCCCCCAAGCCAGAAGAGAAGGGGAAGGGGCGCGUCCCGCAGCCCCGGGACGUGCGCAAGCUGGUGAAGAGCAGCUACAGCCUCAAGUUUGGGACUGCCGGCACCUCCCGCGGCACCGUGGCACCGGCGAGCAGCGGGGAGCCGCCCCCGGCCACCCCUCUGGUCAUCCACUGCACCUCGGUCCGUCGGGAGCCAGCUCCGGAGCCGGUGGGUGAGGAGGUGCUGGCAGCCCCCGGCCGAGAGCCACCCCCGGCGUGUGCCGAGGGGCCCGCAAAGCCCCCCGGCAGCCGGGCCGCGCCCUCCCACAGCUCCCCCAUCAACAUCACGAGGGUCCAGGCCACGCGGAGGGGAGCGGCCCCCACGGAGGAGCCGCCGGCAUCGCCCCCGCGCCGGGAGCGGAGCGAGCUCCGGGUGCCACCACGGGCGCCGGUGGCCGCGGGGGUGCCGCACGUGGAGACCCAUCUGCACGUCCUGGUGGGCCGGCCGUCCCCGGUGGCCAGGGAGAGCUCCCCGGCCCAGAGCAGCGCGGUGCUGCGGACAGAGAAGACCGUUCUCCUGCCUCCGCCACCGCCGAGCCCCACGGAGGGGAAGGAGGUGCGUGGCCAUGGCAGCAGCAGAGCGCUCCACGCUGCCGAGGGGCCGGAGUCGCUGGGGCAGCGGCACAGCAGCGAGGACAGCAGGGACCCCCGAGCCGGAGCCCCGGCCGGCAGCAGCGCCCGCCCGCAGCCUGCGGAGCCGGCAGCGAGAGGCGCGGCAGAGCUCCGCGCCGGCGAGCCGAGGCAGGAGCAGCCCGGCGGCCCGCGGGUGUCGGUAGCCAGCGGGGGGUCUGCCGGAAGCCCUGGCCCCUCCGCCCCGAUCCGAGCCGGGGAGGGCAGCGAAGGUCCCCCCGCGCGGCUGCCGGAGCGGAGGGAGGCCUGGGAGCACUCGCCGCAGUGGCCGGCGGCCACGGAGCCCUUGCCGCCUGCUGCCCUGGCCGAGAACUCCAGCUACUUGGCAAUCCCCGAGAGAGCCCCCAAAUCCACGCUGGUGCCAAAGAUGCCCUCGGUCCCCAACCCAGGCAGUGCAUCCUUUGGGACUCCCUUUGUCCCCAGCCCGGCCAGCGCCUCUUUUGGGACUCCCUCAGCUCCCAACCCAGCCAGUGCAUCCUUUGGGACCUCCAUGGUCACCAAUGUGACCAACUCACCCUUUGGCUUCCCAUCAGCCUCCAGCCUGGCCAGCACAUCAUUUGGGACCCCCUUGGUUUCCAACCCCAACAAGUCUUUUGGGGCCCCUCUGGUGCCCAACCUGUGCAGCACAUCCUUUGGGACCCCUUUGGUCCCCAAUCCACCCAGUGCAUCCUUUGGGACCCCUUUGGUCCCCAAUCCAUCCAGUGCAUCCUUUGGGUCUCCAUUGGUCCCCAAUCCAUCCAGUGCAUCCUUUGGAACCACUUUGGUCCCCAAUCCACCCAGUGCAUCCUUUGGGAACCCCUUGGUCCCAAAUCCAUCCAGUGCAUCCUUUGGGUCUCCAUUGGUCCCAAAUCCACCCAGUGCAUCCUUUGGGAACCCCUUGAUCCCCAAUCCAUCCAGUGCAUCCUUUGGGUCUCCAUUGGUCCCAAAUCCAUCCAGUGCCUCUUUUGGGAAUGCCUGGGUCCCCAAUGCAUCCAGUGCAUCCUUUGGGAACCCCUUGAUCCCCAGCCCAGGCAGCUCCUCCUUUGGGUCCCCCUUAGUCACCAACCCAGUCCCCACUUCCCUUGGGCAUCCAUCAGUCUCCAACAUGGCUGGCUCUUUCUUUGGAUCCCCCUUUGUCCCCAGCGCAGCCAGCGCUCCCCUGGGAAGUGGUGCCUAUCCCCUUCCUGGUGGAGAAGUGCCCUGGAGCAAGCCCAGCCCUGAGCCCCCCCUGCCCCGACCCCCCGAGGGCCCAGCUGCUGUGGAGCCCCCAGCCCAGCCCCGCCUCGAGGAUGCUCCUCAUUUCCUCAGGAGGACCGAUGGCCCUUCACCGAGUGGGAGGAGCAGGCAGAGCCCCCCCAAGCCCUUCUCCGCCUCCCUGCCCCCCCAAAGGAGGAUGCUCGUGGAUCCCAGCAGCGGGAAGUGCUACUACAUGGAGCCGCCGCGGCAGCCCCAGAUGAAAACGCUCUACGACCCCGAGACCGGGCAGUACCUGGAGAUGCUGGUCCCACCGGUGGCGUCACACACCGGGCUCUACCAGGCACCUUUCAACCCCCUGCUCAUGGGGGUCUACGGCCCACCCUACGCACCCUACGGCGGCUUCCCGGGGCUCCCGGCACCGCCGCCCUCCGCGCCCUCGCCGCCGCACCCCGAGCUGCCCGCUGCCGACAACCCCGGCGUGCCCGGGACCUCCGGCUCUGCUCCCAAGGGCGAGGGGCCGUCCCCUGCCGGGGGUCCCGACUGUGGCUACCUGGAGAGCCUGUACUACAUCCCCACGGGGAUGCGGGCCAGCCCCGGCCCCGAGCAGUCCCCGGCCCGCGCCAGCCCUGCCGCGCCCGAGAAGGGGUCACUGCUCCGGAUGUGACGGGAUGGACCCGCGCGGACGUCCCUUCCCAUGGCCGGGCUUUAGCCCGAAGUCAGCAUCACCUGAUGAGAGUCCCCUUGCCCACGGCUGAGCUGGCAAAGCGCCGAGGGGUAGCGGGCACUGGCUGGACCUCACUGGCUUCUCAUGGAAACAGGGACAAAAAGGGUCUUUUCCAGUGUGAGCACCUGGCAGCCCUGAGGGGGCAUGGAGGUCCCCGCCCAGCAAAGGGACCACACAGGCCCCGCUUUCCCCUGUCCUGCCAGUCCCAUCUCAAGGAUGACUCUGGCUGGUUGGCACAGGGGGGUGAUGGCCUGGGCACCCCCAGCCUCCCCCCAGCCACAGCUGCAGCACAGACACCCCAAAAGAGUAAUAAAAAUGCUGAAACAGCUUUAAAUCUGCUUAUUCAUCCUGUGCUUGUGUGGUCUGUAAAGGGGGGCGAGGAGCUGAGGCACUUAGAACCUGCAGUCCGUCUGUCUGUCUUGGAGUGUCCACCAGAUAAAUCCCAGUCCCUGUGAGCAGGAAGGGACUCUGCAGUCCUCAGUGAGCCCUGAACCCCAAACCCCAGCCCUGAGCCCCAAACCACAGCCACGAGCCUCAAACCCUAGUUGUGAACCUCAAAUCCCAGCCCGGAGCCCCAGCCCCCGUAGAUCCACACCAUCCCAGGAAGGAUUUAGGCUGAGGAGAAGGGAUCAGGCAUUACAAGACUGAGUUACAGCAAAAACCUCCCGGAGAGGGGGGCACU